UAAACAACUUCUCUUAAACUUGAAGUGGUUCAACUUAAUCUACGUAGUUCAACUACUGCUGUUCUUUUUAAUAAAUUGUGGUCUAAGGUGUACGAAGAAUGGAGCAGAUAAAACGUCAGGUUGUUGUACAACGAGGAAGUAUGGUCGCUGCUCUCAAGAUUAUGGCGGAGCUGCGAAGUAGAAGCAGCCAGAACAACAACAGCUCUAAAUCCAGCAGCUUCCAGUCAGAACAGGAUAGAGCGCUUACAAGCAUCAGUAUUAAUAACAAGGUGUGUCCAAUGUGUGAGGCAGGGUUUCCUAUGGAUGUUGCAGAGGAAGAAUUUGAACAACAUGUUUUGCAACAUUUCAGUUAUGAGAGCGAUUCAGAGACUCUACAGUAUUUCAGCAGCGAUGAAACUCUUUAAGAAAUACCAUUUUCUUGAUUAAAAAUAAACAUAUCCAUUUUUAGUACAAGUAUACAUUUUUAGAUGCAUUUAAUUUCUGUAAAAGGAAUGUGAGCGAAAUUUCAAUCUGACUUAGUGAUGCCUGAUUCACAACGAAAACCCUGAAAAGCUGUGGUUUUUCUACAAAAUUGUCUUGCGCAUUUCUACUGCAGGAAAAGCUAUAGGAAGUAUCGAAAUUGCAUUUUUGAGUGAUGAUUUUGAAAAUCGAUUUUUUGAAUUGUUUUAUAACGACCACGAGAAAUGUAACAAAAAUUUUACAGCAAACUGAAGAGUUGUUUAGAAACAGGACAUUCGAAGAAUUUAAAGAAAUCUGCAAACAAAUUCGUAAAGAAUAAGAAAAUCAAUAACUGAUAAAAAAGAAAUAAUCGAUUCUAACAUUGACAAAUUUCUAUUGAGAAAUAUGUUUCUACACAUCUUUGUGAGUUCCAUGCAUUUUUUAGUUGAAAUAUUAACAAAAUUCGCUGUUAUCUUGAAAAAUAACCGUUCAUUAUCUUUUAUUAAUCGCAUUUUUUUUAACAACGACUAUUCCUGCUCGUUCACGAUUUCAAAAUUCAAGAUUUUUCGUUAAACAAAAAACUCGUCAACUGAGCGCUGCCAUGAGCUCUAUCGUUAGCAUUGUUUUCAUUGUGUUUCAUUGUUUUUAUAUAAAAGAGUCUGCUUACUUUUUUAUAAAUUUCUAGAAAGUU